AUUGCUAUAGGUUUGAAAUGUGAUGUGGGGAGGUCCCUUUCCUGUGUGUGAGCCUGGAUCAAUGAGCGGCGCAGCUGUGUGUGUGUGUGACCGAGGGGGGGGAGGAUGGAGCGGCCCGGGGAGUGGUUCUACCACCAGCGCCUGGCUGACGGCCUGUACCUGAUCCGGGAGCGUUAUUUCGAGUCGGGGAACCGGGCGAAUGUGUGGUUGUUGCAGGGCUCGGAGCGGGACGUGGUGGUAGACACGGGCCUGGGCCUAGGCAGCCUGCCCGAGUACCUGCGGCGGGCCGGCCUGCUCAGCGGCACCCGGACCCUGCUGGCCGUCGCCACCCACGUCCACUUUGACCACACGGGCGGCCUGCAGCACUUCGAGCCCGGGGAGGUGGCGGUACACCGGGCCGAGGCGGAGGCCCUAGCCCGCGGUGAUGACCUGGAGGCGGUGACCUGGCUGAGUGACGGGGAGCUGAGCCGCCGGCCUCCCGGGGCCAGCCCCGGAUGGACGGCCCGCCGUUACCGCCUACAGGCCGUGAGGCCCGGCCUCCUGCUGGAGGAUGGUGACCUACUGGAGCUGGGUGAUAGGCAGCUCCGGGUCUUACACACCCCCGGGCACUCCCGGGGCAGUGUGUGUCUCCAUGAGCCGAGGGGUGGCCUCCUGUUCACUGGGGACACCCUGUACGAUGGCGCUCUCAUUGACUGGUUACCCCACAGCGAUGUGGCUCAGUACCGCCGGAGCUGUAGGCGCCUCCUGGAGCUCCUGGACCAGGGCCAGGUCCACACCGUCCUCCCCGGCCACUUCAACCCCUUCGGGCCUGACACAAUGCGCGCCCUGGCCUCGGACUACCUGACCCGGGCUGGAGUCUGCCACAGGAUCACAACCAGUGCCAUCAGCUGCCUGGCAAGCAUAGCCCUGCGAGGGAGGCACUGGACCAGGUGACCACCCACCGGGCCGGACACCAUCCACACCACCCA